AUGCAGUCAAAGAUCUUCGCAGUCGCCGUUGCCGCCCUCUCACUGUCUUCAGUUCAAGGCGCAUCUGUGCCUAGACAGAUUACUAUCAGCGCUGGCACCAUCGUUCUUCCUUCACUCACCUUCGACCCGAAACAGUUCCUACCCCAGCAAAAUGCUUUCCAAACUCUUGACCUCCUCCGCGAUGACAUCGCCAAGACUGCUGCUCUUGUCAGCCUCCUUACGAACUCCACUACCACUAACGUGCUCACGACCGCUGCUCAAGCCAAUCAAGUACUUGGUCAGGUCGGUACCAACGUGGCGAACAUCGUGACGAAGGUUACUGGGCUUGCAGACAUCAUCCAGGGCGCCAUUCCUUCUGUUCCGUCUGCCACCCCUUCAGCCCCUGCGACCAACACACCGGACAUCGGCGGUGCGGCCGAAGACGUUGUUCGCCAGGCCCAGGUGCUCGCCCGGGCGAUUACCGCUCAGCUUGACAUCCUGAAGAAACAGGCCUCUACUCUCAAUGGCCUUCUUUUGAUCCCUACCCUUGCCACUGCUCAGGCUUCUCUCGCAACCGUCCUUCUUACUAUUGGCACCAUCAGCACCCUCGCCCUUAACACUGCUGCCAGUGCCACUGCCAACAUCCUGGCUAUCGUUGACCGCGUCCGUAACGCCCAGGUCAAGCUGAACCCUGUCCUCAUCAUCGGCCUCCAGCCCGAUAUCAUCUUUUAA